CGGGUGGUGGGGAUGGUGGAGGUGGUCAUGAUGGGUUGGGAGAGGGUUUGGGAGUGCGGGGGGGGGAGAGGGGUGACAUGGAUGGGCGAGGAAUGAGGCGGUGUGUUGGAUGCGCCAGAUGGGGGAGGAGGUGGAGGGAACGGGACGAUGGGGGAGGUUGAAGGGUUGAUGGAUGUGGUGGUAGAGGUGUUAGGAGUGGGGGAGGUCGGUGGGGGGGUGUUGCUUGAGGCGACUGUGGAGGAGGGAGUGGUUUGCACUGUGGAGGUUGGAGUGGUUUGCACUGUGGAGGAGGGAGAGGUUUGUGCGGUGGUGACGACCGUGAUGGAGAGGAUGGUCCCUUCGAGCGUGGUGACGCGGUCGCAUAUGGACGACAUGUUGGCCUUUAUGUCGUCGAGAGAGGCGGUGACGGAGGUUCGGAUGGUGUUGAGCACUUGCUCCUUCCCUGCGAUCAGCUGUGCCGAGGGGAUAGAGGAUGGGGAAGUUGUGCCUGAGCUCGUUGAGGGACAGGAGAAGCCUGCAGCGAAGCAUGCUCCUCCCAGCCUUGCAGAGUCGGCUGCUGUGCCCCCAAGUGGGGAGGGCCCAAUGGGGCGCCACUUCCAUUUGUCCAGUGCUGGUAAACCUACAUUCACAUUGUAUUGUUGUCCGUUAGAGCCCCAGACAUCCGGAUGCCAUCCUGGCCUUGAGGGAGCAAGUUCUGGAAUGCCCCGAGGGAGGAAGACCGGAGUUGGUAUAUCGUCUUCUGGACAGCGGGAGGAACCCCGCAUCAGUGCAAGCGCAAUCUGUGAGCCGACCUUUUUUAGGAGACGGCUCAAGCAGGGUUCCCAAAGGCGGUACAAGACGGUAGACAAGAAGUGCCGCCAGGUUCCCGUCCUCGUUAUGGAAGACGAGGAAGCAUACUACGAGAGGGAACGAGGGUUGAUACGGCGAAUGAAGCAGAGUGCUCUAGCAGGACCAUGCCGUAUCAACGAAGGGAAUGAGGAGAAGUUGAUUAUAGGAGAACCCGACUUCCUGCUGCCUCAGGAACGAACAUUGAUGGUGAAGUUGAUGAAGAGGAGGCAUCGCGCCUAUGCGUUUAGUGACGAGGAGCGUGGCAGGCUGGAUGUGGACAAAAUACCUAUAAUCCGCAUCCACACCGUGCCACACGAGCCUUGGAACAUGAGAGGGGCGCGAUAUCCUAAUCCUAACGAGGAAAAGAAGGUGGUGGAUUACCUCGACGGCAAGAUACUUACGCACGUCGCCGACUAUUCGAGUGGACCGUAUGCAUCCCCGUGGUUCUGCUUCAUCAAGCCUAACGGGACGCUGCGGUGGGUGCAGGACUUGCAGAGGCUGAAUGAGGUGACCGUGCGGGAUGCUGGAGGAUUGCCCAAUGCGGACACGCUGUCGGAAUCCUGUGCUGGAAGGCCUAUAAUCUCACUUAUAGACCUUUACUCAGGAUAUGAUAAUUUUCCAGGCUACCCGCCGGACAGGCCAGUGACGGCUAUGCACACCCCUCGAGGACUAAUCCACAUGAACGUGGCUCCACAGGGGUGGACCAACGCGGUAGCAAUGGUCCAACAGGCCAUGAUUCAGGCUAUGCAGUCAGUCAGCCCCCAUAUCACGCAACCAUACAUCGACGAUUUGGCGGUGAAGGGGCCGGCAGUGAAGGAGAGCGACAAAGUCUCGCCUGGGAACUUUGCCGCUAAGACUGAACACCUGAGGAAGUUAGUUCGUCAGGAUCAGGAAUGGGUUUGGGUUGAAGAGCAAGAAGAGGUGAUGGCCAGAAUGAAGGAGGAAUUUCGAGAAGGAGGGUUGGUGUUAGGAGCGCCAGAUUAUGAUGCCAUGGAGACGCCACCCUUUAUUGUCGAAACGGAUGUGGGGCCGACUGCCUUAGGGGAAGUUCAAAUUCAGGCAGACAUACAAGGAAAGGAAAGACCCUUGAGAUUUGAGAGCCGGACUCUCUGUACAACCGAGAGGAACUACUCUCAGUUCAAGAGGGAGACUCUUGCAGUCCUCUACUGUCUGCGGAUCUUCCGAAACUACAUCUUCGGCAGGAGGUUUAUUUUGAGAGUGGACCCAACCGCCCUGACCUACUCUCUAAGGAGUUACGUUCCAUCGGAUCCGACGGUUGCCAGAUGGCUGACGUACAUCAAGAUGUUUAACUUCGAGUUGGAGCGAAUUCCUGGCAGUAGGAACCGGGCAGACGGACUAAGUCGGAUCAACUGGGAUAAACAGGAAGGGGAGGCGGUGGAGAAUACGCCCCCAGAUGAUGGAUUUCUGGAUCAAGAGGAAGAUGUUCAUCUCCAUAUUAACAAAUGGUCGCCGCGAGUGCCCGACUAUAUAGGCUAUCCAAUCUGGCAAGCGCCGAGUGGGUAUGAACGGAGGGCCGAGCUAGUCCUCAAACCCUUUGAAGAAGAGGAUCCCUGGGGUGGUAAGGAUGUUCAGUGGAUGAUAGAGUUGGCGCUGGCCAGUUCGCAUAGUCUGGUGGAGGACAUGAGGACAAUCGAGGAAGGACUAGGCCACGUAGAACAGCAUGAGGAUUUGAUGGGAGGAAUGUAUCUCCUCGUGAACACAUUAUUGCAGGAAAGCCUCAACCAGUCAGGCUCCUUGAACCCGGCAGAGAAUGUGGACGAAGUGCCCGACAGCCAGGACGACGAAUUCGAGGAGGAAAAGAUUAAGGAGGCCUUUCGUGCAGAGGAGUAUGACAGGAUCUACCUAGAGCUGGGGCUUCUUUUGUCUUGUGAUAUGCGGCUAACGGAUGCGAGCGAUAGGGCUCAGAGGAUGCUGCAGCGCUACUUAGUGCGAGACGGCCACCUUUUCGUGAGAAGGGAAGUGGGGAAUCCCAGGAGAGUCGUCUGCGGUAGGAACCGUCAGAUUGACGUCAUAGCAGUGCUUCAUGACGACAUUGCAGGAGGGCAUCGAGGGGUACAUGCCACAUAUGCCAAAAUAAGUGAGCUGUACUACUGGGAUGGGAUGAUGGACAUGAUCGGGAAGUUCUGCCGAUCUUGCGUACCCUACCAGGAAAGAUCCCGUUUAACGCGAGGAGAGCCGCUGCAUCCAAGGCUAGAGCGAGAAGUGGGGGUUGUAGUGCAUCUCGACCUGCUUUUCUUGCCGCUUGGGGAUUAAGGAGGUACCACGAGAGGAGGUGCCACAUGUGUGGCACCACGUGAGGAGAUGCCACGAGAGGAGGUCCGGGAUACUCAGCGAGAGAGGGGGCUGGGCGAUGAGGGGAGACAUGUAGGGAAGGAAGUGAUAGAGGUUGGAGAGGACACGCCCCCUCAGACGCCAGCAGUGGGCUUGAGACUGGGGGAUGCACCAGGGAGCACGCGCCAGGCAGGAGAGGAGUUGCAGAGAGAAGAGGCCCCAUUGCCUUUAUCAGGAAAGGCUCCUUCGCCAGAGACGAGGGCAGAAAGAAGGAAAAAGAAGGCAGCUGUAAGGAGAGAAGCCUUGACCCUGAUUGACAGGCACCUAGCAGCUCAUGCCUUGGAGCACCCAGACCUGGAGGAGCCAGCACCUGCAGAGCCGCGCCAGGAGCCGUGCCAGCCCGAGAAGGAGGUUGAGGUAGAGAUCCCGAAGAGGGUCGACCUCCGCACGAGGGAAAGGGCGCCAACUGGAGAGACGGCGGAAGAAAAAUGGGCGAGAAGAACCGAGAGGAUAAAAGAAAUAUGGCAAGACAGGCAGAGGUUGGAGGCGGCGGGGGCACUUCCGGAGCAGCAGCAGGAAAGGCAGAGAUUGGAGGCAGCAAGCGCACUCCUGGUUCACCCACCCAGCAAGCCAGCUAAGGCCCCGGAGAUCCCAGAGAUGUGGAGGGACUUUUGGGAGCAGAGAGGAGAGGAGCUUCCUUCGCCAACCAGAGUGGGGUUUGGGGUAGCAAGGAAGGCGGAGGAAAGGUUGGAUCGCAAAAUCAAGUUCCUGGCCAUAAUGACUUUUGACCGGCAUAUAUUAUUGGUGAGUGAUCUGGCAGGGAAGAAGAUGAAGGAAGAAUGCCAUGGAGUACGCCUGGAGGCUAUGAAGGUGGAAACCCAGGAACUCAGGGCAUUGGUGGUCAGUCAGGCAGCUAUCAUCGAGACCCUGAGGCAACAAUCUCAAGGAAAGGUGGACAAGCCAGAGAGUAGCCGACAGGGAAAGCGGAGGCAGCCAGGACAUGGGCUGCCAGGACAACCAUCUGUAGCAGAGCCUCGCCAUGAGCCACCUAUGGGGAGAGUUAUCCUGGAGCCAGAGGCGACGAGAGCCAAGAGGGAGGCAGAAAGAGAGGCCUUCGAGUUCAGAGUCCCUACUGAGCUCACGACAUUACCUAUAGCAGCGGCGGCUUAAGUCAUGCCUUUAGAAGAUGAGGAGAGGUUACCACCAUCCAGCAGUGAGCCAGCUCAGGGCUAAGCAGAGGGGACCAUGGGCGUGCUUCUUGAGG